CGACCAUGUUGCACGCGCGCGUUACUCCGCCAUCUACCGCAUAAAAUCGGAAAGUUUACGAAAAAAAAAGAAGUGUUGACGUGUUUGUGGUUGUUCUCUAUUCAAACAGCAGUGAUGUUCUUAUUUUGAAUUGUGAUUAAAAAACAAAAUAGUUUAGUUAGGUAUUUGAUUAUUGUUUUUUUUUUAUUGAAGUAAAUUAUUGUUUGGCACAAAGUUUUUUGGAAUGCUAUUUUAAUGUGGAGUUUAGAUCUGAAGUGAGGGGGCGCUGUCGCCCACCAUGCCAUCUCCAGACAAUCGGAAACAAGGUCACAAUUGGCUGGAAACCAUGGUGGAGCUUCCCUCAGGAGUGGGCGAAGAGGAAGAGCAUCACCACACAUGGACCACUGGCAACAACGAAAUUGGUGACUGCGGUAUAUUGUUGCGAUUGCAUCUACAGCCCCGGCUCGACUUCAGUUUUAGUGGAUCUGUGAUGGACUGA